CCUCCCUCCGUCCACGAUCCCCUGUACCGACCGCGGGCCCUCCGUGACAGGGGCUCCCGGCCGCCCCUCUGCCAGCGUUGCGGUCCCAGUUAAAAAUGGCAGAAACAGCCACUUCUCCACUGAAGCAUUUUGUGUUGGCCAAAAGAAGAAUUACCGCCAUCUUUGACCAGUUAUUGGACUAUGUCAGCGAGGGCACAAGUUUUGUCGAAGCAACAUAUAAGAAUCCAGAACUUGACCGGAUAACCACUGAGGAUGAUCUGGCAGAAAUACAGGGGUAUAAAAAUAAACUCUCAGUCAUUGGUGAGGUGCUAUCCCGGAGACAUAUGAAAGUGGCAUUUUUUGGCAGGACAAGCAGUGGCAAGAGUUCUGUCAUCAAUGCGAUGUUAUGGGACAGAGUUCUUCCCAGUGGCAUUGGCCACACAACAAACUGCUUCCUGAGUGUGGAAGGAACAGAUGGGGAUAAAGGUUAUCUGAUGACGGAAGGAUCAGAUGAGAAGAAAAGUGUCAAGACUGUUAACCAGCUGGCCCAUGCUCUUCAUAUGGACAAAGAUCUGAAAGCUGGCUGUCUUGUACAUGUAUUUUGGCCUAAGGCAAAGUGUGCGUUAUUGAGAGAUGACCUGGUUUUAGUAGACAGCCCAGGCACAGAUGUCACUACAGAGCUGGAUAGCUGGAUUGAUAAAUUUUGUUUAGAUGCUGAUGUCUUUGUUUUGGUAGCAAAUUCAGAAUCAACACUAAUGAACACGGAAAAACACUUUUUUCACAAGGUAAAUGAGCGACUUUCUAAGCCUAAUAUCUUUAUCCUAAAUAACCGAUGGGAUGCCUCUGCCUCAGAACCUGAAUAUAUGGAAGAUGUUCGUAAGCAGCACAUGGAACGAUGCCUGAAUUUCUUGGUGGAGGAGCUCAAAGUGGUGGAUCCCUGUGAAGCACAGAAUCGCAUAUUCUUUGUUUCAGCAAAGGAAGUUCUCAGCGCCAGAAAGCAAAAGGCACAAGGGAUGCCCGAGAGUGGUGGGGCACUUGCUGAAGGAUUUCAGACAAGAUUCCAGGAGUUUCAGAACUUUGAACAAAUCUUUGAGGAGUGUAUCUCGCAGUCAGCAGUGAAAACAAAGUUUGAACAGCACACUAUCAGAGCUAAACAGAUAAUAGAUACUGUGAAAAACAUAAUGGAUUCAAUAAACGUGGCAGCUGCUGAGAAAAGGAUUUAUUCACUGGAGGAGAGGGAGGACCAGACUGACAGAUUGGACUUUAUUAGAAACCAGAUGAACCUUUUAACACAAGAUGUUAAGAAAAAAAUCAAAGAGGUUACAGCUGAGGUAGAGAGCAAGGUUUCAUGUGCCAUGACAGACGAAAUUUGUCGCCUUUCUGUUUUGGUUGAUGAGUUUUGUUCUGACUUCCAUCCUUCUCCAAGUGUGCUCAGAAUGUAUAAAACUGAACUAAACAAGCACAUAGAAGAUGGUAUGGGAAGAAAUUUAGCAGAUCGCUGUUCCACUGAAGUCAAUGCCUCAAUGUAUCAGUCACAACAGGAAAUGAUUGAAAAUUUAAAGCCAUUACUUCCUGCUGGUAUACAGAAUAAGCUUCAUUUAUUAAUCCCUUGUAAGAAAUUUGAUCUCAGCUAUGACUUGAAUUGUCACAAGUUGUGUUCUGACUUCCAAGAAGAUAUCGUAUUUCGGUUUUCCUUGGGGUGGUCAUCCCUGGUUAGCCGGUUCUUGGGCCCUACAAAUGCCCAGAGGGUCCUUUUAGGAUUAUCAGAGCCCAUUUUACAGGUGCCUCGAUCUAUAGCCUCUACUCCCUCUGCUCCUCCCAAUCCUGCCACACCGGAUGCUGUGUCUCAGGAAGAACUGAUGGUUACCCUGGUGACAGGGUUAGCUUCUUUAACCUCAAGGACUUCUAUGGGCAUCAUUGUUGUCGGGGGAGUGAUCUGGAAGACGAUCGGCUGGAAGCUGAUCACGGUGUCCCUGAGCAUGUACGGGGCCCUGUACCUGUACGAGCGGCUCACGUGGACCACCCGCGCCAAGGAGCGAGCCUUCAAGCAGCAGUUCGUCAACUACGCCACCGAGAAGCUGCAGAUGAUCGUGAGCUUCACCAGCGCCAACUGCAGCCACCAAGUGCAGCAGGAAAUGGCCACGACGUUUGCUCGUCUGUGUCAGCAAGUCGAUAUUACCCAGAAACAGCUGGAAGAAGAGAUUUCUCGGCUGUCCAAAGAAAUAGACCAGUUGGAGAAAAUACAAAGCAGCUCGAAACUUCUAAGAAACAAAGCCGUCCGCCUGGAGAACGAGCUGGAGGACUUCACGAGGCAGUUUCUCCGGCCGAGCAAAUAGGAGGACGCGAGCAGACGGCCGCGGCGGCACCCGGGGGAGAAGCAGGACUUUCAUGACAAAUGACGCUCGGCGGGAACUCCACGGACUAGGCUUGUCGUAACUGCCGAAGCGGCAGAGGAGGUGGCAGAGAACAUUCUGGAGGUGUCGCGGUCACUCGCCGCCGUGUGGUGCGGGGGGGGUGUCCUUACGUGUCAUGGGAUAAAGAACCAAACGUUUUGCCGAUUUAAAAUGAUGAAUGAAUUUGUGAAGGGAAGCACGAGGCCUGUGAGCGCCGGGCCGGGCCUUGAGCCCUCCAUAGCGCCUUGUUGGAUUCUCAAAAGCUGCUUCCUGGCAUCCAGGAAUGACGGGGGGCCCUUUCAGUCCUGCCUUUUCCAGAAUAAUUUCCAGGAGCUCCUUUAUGGAGAACAACCCAUCUUUUUAGAAAAUAGUCCUAUUUCUCUUAACAGCCCAGAAGAGGAAGUUUCUUAAAAUGUGUAUUAUUGAUGCAAAUAACAAUCCUUUUUGUCCCUGGGCAGGCAAGCAGCCCAUUAUGCUACCUAACCCGUCCCCGGCCUUGUGGGUUGUUGUUCACUUAGCUGGGAUUUGGGGGUGAUGGAGUGCCCGCCGGCCACCUCGCCGGCUCGAGCGGGGCUCCGGCCCCCCGUGUGUGCUUGACUAGACAUCAAGGCGGCCUUCGCUUUGCUUCGCGGGGGGGGGGAAGGAUGACUUUGUGACUGGGCCGGGGCAAGGCGGCUUUGCGACUCCCUUAUUGUAGGCACAGAGCUGAGCUCUUUCCUGGCCGGCUGCCUGAGCAGUUUUCUGCGGGGAACACUUUACUGUAAAUAGGGAUUUGGGGGAUUAUUCAUUCAGUGCUUCCCUUUUUGUGCCUUUAAGGCUUCUGAAUGCUAUUUAUUAUUCGACCUUCUCCAGGCAGGGGUGCCUAUAUUUUUAAAGAAUAAAUAGCAUUGUUUUUGGCCAUUAAAA